UAUUCGAAUAGUGAUUUCUUUGAUUAAUUCGAAACAUCAAAAAGAUGAAUCUAUUGAUGUUUAUGACGAUUUAUACCGCGCAAUCGCUAACGACCGGCGUACCUUCUAUUUCCCUACUCGACGAGUGGGAAGUGUUUAAAACUUCGUAUAACAAAAAGUACGCGAGCUUGCGAGAGGAGGCAGCGAGAUUGAGCACGUUUCUAGCUAAUAAAGAAAAAAUUGAACAGCACAAUGCCAAGUUCGAUCGGGGCGAGGUCGAAUUUACCAUGGCCAUGAAUCAGUUUGGCGAUCUGACGAGGGAAGAAUUCGCCAAGAGAAUGAACGGUUACAAUCGCGGCGGCCGCACGAAAAUAAAACCAUCGUUCUUUGGUAACAAACUGCCGUUUUGGGCCUAUCCACCCGGUACAUACAUCGGUGACAAACUUUCGUAUGGAGCCAUUCCAUCCGUAAAACGCGAUACAGAGGAUUACUUGAACGAGGCGGCGAUUUACGUAGCGCCACCGGAGAACGUCCAACUUCCGGCGGAGAUCGACUGGAGAACGUUGGGCGCGGUGACUCCGGUCAAGGACCAAGGCGAUUGCGGCUCCUGCUGGGCAUUCUCCGCCACCGGCUCGCUGGAGGGCCAGCACUUCCGUCGCAACGGCAGCCUCGUCUCGCUGAGCGAGCAGAACCUCGUCGACUGCUCGACCAACUUCGGCAACAACGGCUGCGACGGCGGCCUCAUGGAUCACGCCUUCCUCUACGUCAAGGUGAAUCGGGGCAUCGACAAGGAGGACGCCUACCCGUACGAGGCCGACGACUCGAGGUGCCGCUAUCAGCGCGACGAGGUCGGCGCGACGGACGUCGGCUACACGGACAUACCGGAGGGCAACGAGAAGGCCCUGCAGGCAGCGGUGGCUACGGUGGGGCCCAUCUCGGUGGCUAUCGACGCGAGCUCGGAUCACUUUCAGUUCUAUCACAAAGGCGUCUAUUAUGAUCCCACCUGCUCAUCCGAAGAGCUGGAUCAUGGGGUUCUCGUCGUAGGUUAUGGUACCGAUAAACUCACGAAACGCGACUAUUGGCUGGUGAAAAACAGCUGGGCCGAGAGCUGGGGCGACAUGGGCUACAUCAAGAUGUCCAGAAAUCGACACAACAAUUGCGGAAUCGCCACGGCGGCCAGCUACCCUCUGGUCAAGUGAACAAGUUCAUUUAGUUUGACGAAAAAAACCAAAAAUGAUUACGUUUUAAUAAUUAUUUCAAAACUUUUUGAUAUCUUUUUUAUACUUUUUCGUAAAUAAAAACCAAAAGUACA